AUUUAACCGUGGACUUAGCGUCUCGCCUGUCAACGUUACAAUUCUACUUGCAGACGAUAAUGACUCACUACCAAGUUUUGUUAGCUACAGCUGUGUAUAUUCAAUAUGUUUUAGUCAACUCUGAAAAACGGAAACAAUGUACUGUUCCUCAAAGUACCAAUACACUUCAAGGUUUCAUUAAUAAAACCAUCCGGUGUAAUACAUACUUUCAAAGUAUAUCAAAACGAAUGUCUCUUUAUACAGAUGCUGACUAUCUUGGUUGUUUUGAAACAUUUGAGGAAAAGUUUUCCUUUUAUAAUUUAUACAAUUCUAACGAGCUUACUUUGGAAGAUUGCAUUUUGAAAUGUCAAAGUUAUAACAUACUUUAUGCUGGAGUUAGAAAUGGUAACCAAUGUUAUUGCACGCCUAACAAUGCUCAUAUAAAACAAGUUGAAGAAAGAAAGUGUUCAAAAGAGUGUCCUACAGAUUUUCGAUUUUACUGUGGAGGGAAGAAAGCCAUGCAGAUUUAUAAAACACAUGUUUAUGGUACAGGAAUAUUUUUAAAAGCAAAAGUGACAUAUUUAGGAUGUUACGUAACACACUGGACACCAUUUUUAUCAGGGAAUAAGACAUCAGUGGAUAAAAUGACAAUUGAAUUGUGUCUAGAAACAUGCAAUAAUUUGAACAGCUAUUAUGCAGGGCUUCUAAAAAGAUUCUAUUGUCUGUGUGGAAAUAACACUAUAAAAACGAAUCCAACUUCUGAUAAACACUGUUCUCUGCGCUGUGCUGGAAAUUUGAAACAACAUUGUGGUGGUUUUCAUCACAUUCAGGUUUACAGAACAAAAAUUGAAAAACCAACAAGGAUUCCAGUUUGGGAUAGAAAUACAACUUAUUUAGGUUGUUUUCGCAAGAAUAAAGAUAAUACUUUUUUGGUCAUAAAGUAUUUCAGUGCAAUGACACUAGAAUGGUGUCUCAACAGAUGCAGAGAAUCUGGAAUCCAAUACUGUGCCAUCCAGGGGAGACAAUGUUUUGCUACUGCUGAAAGCCCUAAACAUCAUAAAAAACUUAGUUCUCAUUGUGAUCAGAGAUGUCCUGGAAAUGAAAUGCAGUAUUGUGGCUCUCAGCCUUCAGAUUCUCUUACCUUUUUACAAGUUUAUUGGAUCAAAACCCCAAAUCAGUUUUAUUCACCAAAUGGAACCUUUGUUGGCUGCUUUGAGGGAAGAAUUGGUGCUCUGCAACAGAUGAAAAAAAUAUUAAAAAGUCGAUUUGUCAGUAUUGAUAUUUGUCUAAAAGCUUGCUAUUUCAGAGGAUUUCAGUUUGCUGCUUUGGAAACUGGGAUCUUUUGCGUAUGUGGGCAAGUUUAUGACAAUUUAAUAAAGGUUCCUGAUACUGAUUGCAAUUUUACAUGUCCAGCUAAUGGACAUCAGAUGUGUGGUGGUAGAAGAAGACUUCAAAUACAUAGUGUACAUAUAUACCCAGGAAGAUUUACAACUUAUGGUUUUUACCUUGGAUGUUAUAGAGCCACUAACAUGAGACUAAACCAAAUUGGAAUAGUUAAUGAGAAUAUGACUUUGAACAUGUGCCUUUUAUACUGUUGGAAAUCAGGUUUUGCAUAUGCUGCUGUAGAAAAAGGAAUAAAAUGCCAAUGUGGAAAUCAUUGGUAUUAUUAUGCGAUAAAAUCAGACAAUAGCAAAUGUUCAAUAAAAUGCCUUUUGGAGAAUAAUGACUAUUGUGGUGGUGUUGGACGAUUUCAAGUAUAUCAUGUGGAAUAUAUUUUAAAGAAGAUCUUUGGUCGAUCAGCGAUUUCUAUACCAACUGACCUCACAUGGAUUUAGUUUUGAUUGCACCACAGUCAAUAUAAUGACAUGAGAAAAUUUGAAGAGGAAG